AUGAGUCCGCGAGUUAUUGUUAUUGGUGCCGGCAUUGUCGGCACCAAUAUUGCCGACGAGCUGGUUUCACGAGGAUGGCAGGAUGUCACCGUCAUUGAACAAGGUCCUCUGCUCAUGCCUGGAGGAUCCACAUCACAUGCUCCCGGUCUGGUGUUCCAAACUAACGCCUCAAAGACCAUGUCCUUAUUCGCUCGCUACACUGUGGAGAAGUUGUUAUCCCUAGAGAAGGAUGGAGAGAGCUGUUUCAACCAGGUCGGCGGAUUAGAAGUGGCCACCACCCCUGAGAGAAUCGAAGAGCUAAAGCGCAAAUUGGGCUAUGCACAAUCGUGGGGAAUAGAUGCGCGACUCGUUGACACGAACGAGUGCCGCAGGCUAUACCCCCGUCUCAAUACUGAGCUGGUGCUUGGUGGUCUCUAUAUUCCCACCGAUGGUUUGGCAUUGGCCGCCCGCGCUGUGCAACUUCUCAUUGAGCGAACGAAAGAGGCCGGAGUCCGCUACCUAGAAAAGACAGUUGUCACUGGCAUCGAAAUAGCCGGAGGCUCUGUCACCGGAGUGGUCACCCCAAAUGCCACGUUACCAGCUGACAUCGUCAUCUCCUGUGCAGGCUUCUGGGGAGUCGAGAUCGGCAAGAUGGUAGGCCUGUCCGUCCCUUUACUGCCCAUGGCGCAUCAGUACGCCAAGACCACGGCCGUACCGCACACCAAUGGCGUUGCUACUACAGAUGAAGACGGUCUAAGCAGUGAAGCCAGCCACCUGCCGAUUAAUGCAAACUCGGCAACAUUGCCAAUCCUGCGAUACCAAGACCAAGAUCUCUAUUACCGCGAACACGGCGAUCAGUAUGGGAUUGGCUACUACGGCCACCAUCCCAUGCCCGUGGACGCCGCGUCGCUAGGCAGAACCCCCGAAAAUGUGAACGAGCAGAGCAUGCCAUCCCGGCUAGAGUUCACACGCGACGACUUUGAGCCGGCUUGGAAGCUCUCUCAGGAGAUUCUUCCUGUGUUGAAGAACACCGUGAUCGCCGACGGGUUCAAUGGUAUUUUCUCCUUUACUCCAGACGGUGGCCCACUUGUUGGCCAGGCCCCCAGCCUCGACGGCUUCUACGUAGCAGAGGCUGUGUGGGUAACGCAUUCAGCCGGUGUAGCUCGCGCAGUAGCGGAACUUCUGGUCAACGGCAAGUCUAGAAUAGACCUGGCCGAGUGCGAGAUCUCGAGAUUUGAGCAGAUUCAAACCACUCCAGAAUACGUACUCGAGACCUCGUCCCAGAACUUCGUGGAGGUCUAUGACAUUCUGCACCCCCUACAACCCCGAGAGUCUCCCCGCAAUCUACGCGUGUCUCCGUUCUUCAUGCGUCAACAGCAGCUCGGUGCAUUCUUCCUUGAGAGUGGUGCUUGGGAGAGACCUUAUUGGUUCGAGGAGAAUGCGAAGCUCCUCAAAGACCUGCCGGCGGAGUGGCAGCCCGUCGAGCGUGACUCGUGGUCUGACCGGUACUACUCGCCCAUCGCUGCAGCUGAAGCCUGGAAAACACGCACGGCCGUGGCAAUGUACGACAUGACACCACUACGCCGGCUCGAGAUAUCUGGCCCUGGCGCGGUGGCCCUGCUCCAGCGGUUGACGACAGGCAACGUCAACAGGAAACCCGGCGCCGUCACAUACACACUGCUGCUUGACGAGCAAGGCGGUAUCCGUAGCGAUAUCACCGUGGCCAGAAUAGAGCAGGAGUUGUUUCAAGUCGGCGUAAAUGGUCCCGUAGACACCGCUUACUUCACACGAGAAGCCCGCCUGCAAAGCAAAGCAUCUCCCGAUAGCCAGACACAGGUCCGCGACAUCACGGGCUCCACAUGCUGUAUCGGACUUUGGGGCCCUCUGGCCCCCCAAGUCAUACAGGCUGUCAGCGCCGAUGACUUUUCCAACAAAGGUCUGGCAUACUUUCGCACGAAGAGAGCAAUCAUUUGUGGCAUUCCAGUCAAUGUCAUGAGACUGUCGUACGUCGGAGAGCGGGGCUGGGAAAUUUAUGCGAGCGCCGAGAACGGUCUUCGUCUGUGGGAUGUCCUCUGGAAAGCUGGCGAGCCCCACGGCAUCAUUGCCGCCGGCCGUAGUGUUUUCACCUCACUGAGGUUGGAGAAAGGAUUCCGAUCCUGGGGCGCAGACAUGACCACCGAGCACGAUCCAUACGAGUCUGGCCUUGACUUUGCUGUCAAGCUUGAAAAGCCAGACUUCGUCGGCAAGGCUGCGCUGGCAGGACGAUCUCGUGAAUCCGCUACCAAGAAGCUGCGCUGUCUCGUUGUGGAUGAUGGCAAGUCUGUCGUCCUCGGAAAAGAGCCGGUGUUUGUGUCUGGCCGCGCAGCCGGUUACGUGACCAGCGCAGCGUUUGGCUACACGGUCGGAAAGCCCAUCGCAUAUGCCUAUCUCCCGAUCGCGGUCACCGAGGGAGAUGCUGUAGAGAUUGAGUACUUUGGCCGUCGAAUCCAGGCAACUGUAAUGCCUGAACCGCUAUAUGACCCUUCAAUGAGUCGUCUACGGGGAUGA